GGCGGGGGGGUGUUUGGGGGGGGGUUGCCUUUGAGGUAGGAGUUCGAAACGUAUUUUUUCAUGUGUAUCCAAACACUGCCUACCGUCUGCCCUGUCAGACCACAUCUACAAACGGAUUUCGCCCGGGCAUUGCUGCUCUUCAUGAAAGAGAUGUAGUGGUAGAAUUUCUCCAUCGCCAGCAAAAGAAGCAAUCUCCCUUUCCCCGUUCAUUGGCAUCGAAGCAAGCAGAUCAGACAUGCAAGGCACUGACGUGCAGGGGAGAGGGUGUUGACAGUGACGUGUGAUGGAUUCCCGGACGCCGUAUUCCACCUCAGACGAUGGGGAUGGGGCACCCUUGUCGUUGGAGUUCAUCCUCAUGCAGUGGUUGAACAGGAGGAAUGCCGCAGCCAUGGCCAUGAUUCAGGCUGCUUCAACUGUCCGCACGUGCGAACCGCCGAUGUGCAGCGCACUGUUGCUUCUCGCUGGUGCUGUGUUGCACAGCAUGUCGCUGGCGGCAGAUGUUAUUGGGGAUUUGGGCAGGCGAGUGGAUGGGCGGCGGAGGCUGUGGGGGGUGGAGCGGAGCAAGGGUUUGUGGAAGGAUCUGGAGAGGGUCGGAGCGCAGCAUGAUAAGGUCUUCAGACGGUUUUGCAGACUGCCUCGCCCACUUUUCAACGAGAUACUGCUCCGCAUUGCCCCCCAUNAGAGGGUCGGAGCGCAGCAUGAUAAGGUCUUCAGACGGUUUUGCAGACUGCCUCGCCCACUUUUCAACGAGAUACUGCUCCGCAUUGCCCCCCAUAUACAAUGCCAGACGACCAACUGGAGGCAGUCUGUGCCGGCGGGACAGAAGUUGGCUUGCGCUCUAAUCCGGUGGGCGACCGGCGGCUUCUACAGGCAGACCGCCCAUGGGCUGGGCUUGGGUCUCUGCAGUGCCCUUCGGAGUAACGAAGAGGUGGCUGCUGCACUCAUCAAGGAGUACGGCCAUCUCGUCUCCUUCCCUACGGGAAGAAGGCUGCAGGAAGUACUGGACGCCUUCGAGCGGAAGGGGUUCCCUGGCUGUGUGGGUGCUAUUGACGGCACCCAUAUCUACAUUGAGAAGCCAAAGGGGGAGAGGGCCGAAUGCUACUACGACCGCACUGGACAAUUCUCUGUCCAAGCGCAGGUCAUGUGCGACCACGAAUGCCGCAUCUCCAGCGUUUACUUCGGAUGUCCCGGGUCGCUACACAACUCUCGCAUGCUUCGACUGUCUCCCCUGUACGCUAUGGCGCGCAAAGGUAGGGGUGUAUUCGGUACAGGAUCCGUCGUGUUGAGAGACGGGAGGACUGUUGGCCGCUACUUGCUUGGCGAUGCGGGGUAUCCGCUGCUCCCAUGGAUAAUGAUCCCUGGUUGGCGAGGCAUGUGGACGGAGCAGCAGCGGAUGUAUAACGACUGCCAUACAUCUGCUAGGUCUUGUAUCGAGCGCACGUUCAGGAGGCUGAAGGUGGUGUGGAGGCACUUUAUACGGCGACAAAUCUGCAACAUGAAGACCUUGUGCAAGGAGUUCAUGGCGAUUUGCAUUCGCCACAAUAUCAUGCUCGACCAACGAGUCGUCAUCGACCCUGAGGACUUGUCGGACGACAGCGACGACGACCUGUCGGACGCAGAGAGCAGGCCACGUCAGUGCCGCCGUGUGGCCGUCAGUGAUGAAGUUCCCCAGGCACCCGAUCGGGAAAACGAUCCGACGUAAGGGAGCGAUUUGGGGAAGGAUAUCAGAAACAGCUUGGUGACGC